AACAUGUUUAACGUGAUGUGGCCUCCUCCUCUUUUGAUCGUCUCUAUAAAAAUGGCCACCGAAAAUGGAUCUUCAAAUCAUCGUUUUAGUCACCUCAUGACAAAGAUGGAUCUUUACAUAUUCGCCAUUCUCCUUUUUACUCUUUUUGCUGGAGGACACUCGCUCAAGUGUUAUCAGUGUGCAAAUGGGACGAGUUCUUGUGUAGGUGCAGAGACGAAGUGUUCCGCUCUAUUUACUGCGUGUGCAAGUGCAACAGUGGUUGCAUCUGCUGGCAACAAUGUGGUUAUCUCUAAGGUUAAGAGUUGUAAUUCGCCACUGAGCUGUGGAAAUGGAUCUAUUAAUUUUGGCAUUGCAAGAGCAACGGUAUCUAUGCAGUGUUGUACCACAGACCUCUGUAACACCCAAGAUGUCCCAGCUUCCAACACAACCGACGUCAAUGGAAAACAAUGUUACUACUGUGAUGCGAACAGUUGCUCAAACAAAUUAAAAUGUUUAGGAACUGAAGACUACUGCAUUAAAGCAAAAGCAAACAUUGACCCUCUGCCAGGGACUGUAAAAGGAUGCGUCUCUAAAUCUAUCUGCGAUAUUACAUCACUGGUGCCGGAUGGUUACGUGGACAUCUCAUGUUGUCAGGGGGACCUGUGUAACAGCGCUAAAAGCAUCACUCUGAACCUCCUCCUCCUCUCAUGGCCGUUCUUCUUCUACACACUGUUCCACUAAAUUUAGCAGAACUUCACACUCUACAGUCAAAUGCUUUUGAUUUUAUGGUUGGGCUAGUAAAACGAAGUAGGGCAAGUUUUAUGUUUAAACAUAAAACAGCUCAUCACCGCAACAACCGAGUGUGACAUGUUUUGAAAUAAAAUACUCGUUUUCAUUGUAUUUUCUUUGGUGAUAUUCUUUUAAGGAAACAGAUAAUCUGGAAACAAAUGGAAAACAAAUGAAAUAAAAUCAUGGGCUAAAUCAGAGUUUGUUUUUAU